GGGGCGGGCCAUGCGGCCGGAGCCCGCCUCUGAGGCAGUGAUGGAGGCCGAGGGAGGAGGAAGAGCCGCCGCUGGUUGCCUUUACUUGGUAGAUACAGUAGUGGGAGAUCCAGAGGCUCUGCAAGCAGAUGCUGAGACAUAUUAUGAAAAACUCUUGAAGCAGUCAUCAUCCAUUUGUGAUGUUUUCUCUAUCCCUGGAAGAGAAAAGGUUAAACUUGAAGAUUCCUGUGUGUGUUUUGUCCCUCUCUACCGAAAUAAUCCUACUUGCAAAAUGUUGCUGUUAACUGAUCCACAGGAUAAAGAGACAGUUUUGGCACUUUAUUUGAACCAGUGUUGGUGGCCUCUUGAAGAUGUUGUAAAGACGGCUGAUCCUUCUAGAGAUGGCUUAAUUUCGGUCCAGACGUUUGGAGAAAGGAUUGUCCUCUUUGUUCUGAACUACAUUAUUUUUGGAAUGCUGGAAGGGAGUUCAGCUAAUGAUGCAUUCUUUCUACCUCACUCUGCCACUGAGUGUGCCAAGAUACUCUGGAGAAAUGGCGAGGCCGUUGCCUUUUACUCGGUCAAGAUGAAAGGGAGCCUAUGUGAUGGUACUACCAGUCAAUGUUACUUGCUGCCAGUUUUGGAUACUAUAUUUGUCCAGAGAAAAUACAGAAGAGGUGGCCUGGGGAUGAAAAUGCUGCACGAUUUCUGUCAGUCUUUCAAGGCUGAGGAUGCCUUGGGGAUCAGUUGCCCUAUUUCUGCUGCCAUGUAUCAAGUUUGCCAGAAAUUCUUGCAGACUUAUCCUGAGGAGCAGAAGCGACUGUGGGAGGUGGAAGCACCAGGAGAUUGGAGCCAGCGAGUGAAUAUCUGGUUAAAAAUUCAGAUGGAGUCGUCCCCUUCAGGAACUAUUCAUCUCAUUUCUCCAGAGGAUGAAGAAGUCUCAUACGGAGAAUAUUCAACCUAGUAAACGAAGACAAUCAGAUGCGGACCAGAUGAAUAAGGGCGUCGAAUGCAUUCUUGAUCUUGGGAAAGUGGCAGGAGAUGCCACAGAAAAAAAAAAAAAAAAAAGAUGACACAGCAACAAGGACUCUAAACUCGCAGGGACCUGAACGACAGGACAUAGAACAAGGUAGAAGCAGUAGUCAGCAAUGCAAAGGAUUCAGAAAGGAUUCAGGUCCUGGAGACUUAAUUGGAGACAAGGCCACCAAGCAAUUCAGAAUUAUGCCAUAAUUGCACUCUCAAAAAUCAGCAAAAUCUCAGUAUGGUCUUCAAAAGCUGUAAUUGACUAUUCGUAAUUUGUAACACCAGAGAGAUUUCUUCAGGUAAGAUAUAAUUUUUUUUUUUUGCCAGACACAUUCUCCAUCUUGUGUUUUGUCUUAAUAAAGCUUUUGUUUACUA